ACGCGUUUUUGCGUCGAUCGACUUAAAACGGGUGUCCGCGAUUUUCGUGCUCAGCGGUCUGGGGAGGGGUGGUGGUAGACAAAACGGUGUCUGGCUCAGGUUCAGACAGAAACAUGCAGCUGUUGUGCUGCUUGAAGGGCCAGUGGAGGGCGAAACAGCAGAGACAGGGCGACACAGAGACAUACAAUGCUCAAGAGAAAGAACGAAGAGUCGGAGGAGUCGAAAGAGUCGACACACUACGUGAAAAGGGUGGCGUUGGACGCCGAAGCGGUCGAACGCAAGGACAUACAGGACGACAAGCAGAAGACGUCUGUGUCGUUGUCAGGAAACAGCGAGGAGGGAGGAGCCGGUGAGGAGGACGAGAAGGUGGUUGGCGAGGACGACGGCGAAGAGCGCACGGGGUCGGCGGACAACAACGACGACAUGCAGGGUAUCCGGGAGAACAGUGGCAACGAGGACGCAUUCGAUCUCGGCGGCAACGGCGCCGACAGCGAGGCCGGGGUGGGUAAUGGGCACGAGAAUGAGGUUGGCGGGGACGAGAGCGGCGAGUCGUCGAAGCUGGUGCAGACCCCGAGCUCUGUUCCUUCGAAGGGCGACUUUGCGGCGCCGAAGGCCGACAGCGACGGCGACAACCCCCAGCAGCAGCACGGCGGGCCGAUCUCCUCCCACCGGGUGCAGAACGACGACCCGACGUACGUCCAUUUCCGGAUGUUGGCGAACAUCUCGGACACGGCCAGCAUUGUUGGCAAGGGCGGCGAGGCCAUCUCGAAAAUCAAGGAGCAGUCGAACGCCAGAGUGAACGUGAGUGAGAACUUGAAAGGCGUGCCCGAGCGGAUCAUCAGCGUGCGGGGCUCUGCCGAGUACGUGGCGAAGGCGUUUGGCUUGAUUGUCAGAACAAUCAACAACGAGCGGUUCGACGAGUCCUCCAACAUCGACUCGAAGUCGUACAACCUCCGCUUGUUGUUCCCGCACACCGUGAUGGGCUACAUCAUCGGGAAGAAGGGCUCGCGGUUUAGAGAGAUCGAGGAGAACUCCGCAGCGGCCUUGAGAGCCAACGACCAGAUCUUGCCGGCCUCCACGGACAGAAUCUUGAACAUCAACGGUGUGGCGGAUGCAAUCCACAUUGCCACCUACUACGUCGCCCAGACCGUCAUCGAACAUAAACAGCAGAUCUCCAAGGCGGUUUACUACAACCCUGCCAACUUCAACCAGCCGGUUCUGCCUGCCUUGUCGAUGAACCAGAACCACCAGCACAACAACAACAACGGCAACAACAGACAGUUUGCCCAAAAUGGCUACAAUCACCAACAGAAUAUGAUGGGUAUGGGUAACCCCAAUCAGAUGAUGUCCAGCAUGUACAACCAAAACCCUAUGAAAAUGUUGAAUUCUCCAACUGGUUUUGCAGGAAUGAUGCAUAAUGGGAUGUCGAAUAACAUGGGCAUGAUGGGCGCCCCACAAAAUAGCGCCACUGGAACAGCCAACACCACUCCCGGUGACACGAUCACAGGGCCGGAUGGGAAAAUCAACCAGGAGUUGUUUGUCCCGCAGAAACACAUUGGCUUGGUCAUUGGCCGUGGCGGUAAAAACUUGAAGGAUAUAAGACAAAGUACUGGAUGCUACGUAAAGGUCAAUGACGAAGUUCCAGGAGCACCAGAUAGAAAGUUGACGCUUAUUGGAAACGUUUACGGGAUUCAAAACGCAAUUGUUUUGAUUAACAACAAGAUUGAAAACGAAAAGCUCAGACAGCAACGAGAAGGUCACCAGUAAUAAGCAAGCAUUGGUUGAAGAAAUAAUGAAUGAAAAACUUGAUUGUCAAGGGAUCAUUGAAUGGAUAUUCUGGCAUCUUUUGUCUUUUUUUCUUGGCGAUGUUGGAAUGUAUUUUACUCUGUUGUUUCAUAUUCUAGUUUUUAGACUUUUCUAGCGUUUUUAUUUCAUCUUGUAUUUUAUUUUUCAUGAUUUAUUUUGAAAUCUUCCUCUGUCCUUUUUUUGCUCAAAACUCUAUCAUAACCCUCCAUCCUCUACAUUUUCCUGUAUCCUCCUACCUUGUACCAUCUUUUCUAUUUUCUCCUCUGUCUCACCAUUUCACUUCUGCUUCUUUCCAUCUAUAUUGGUCAGACGCCCUCUUUUUUCUUUGCUAAUCAGUAGUCGAGUGACUGUAUAAUACCCCUUUUUCUAUUUAUUUGUUCACUUACUAAGUCACUCUCUUUAAUCUUUAUUUAUUCUCUGUUUACUAA